AUGCUCGGCAUGGGACUCACGCUCGAGUUGGACGACUUUCUCGACGCCGUCAAGAAACCGAAACAGGUCGCGCUCGGAGUCGCGCUGCAGUACACGAUCAUGCCCACGCUCGGUCUCGUCAUCGGCAAACUCUUCCCCGUCGCCCGGCCCGUCGCCGUGGGCCUCAUCCUGGUCGGGUGCUGCCCCGGGGGCACCGCGAGUAACCUCGUCACCUACCUCGGCCGAGCCAACGUAGCGCUCUCCGUGGUUUUGACCACGGCGUCGACGUUUCUGGCGUGCGCGCUGACGCCUCUGAUGACGAAGACGCUGGCGGGGACGCUGGUGCCGGUGCCCGCGUCCGGGUUGUUCGCCAGCACGCUUCAGGUGGUGCUGCUGCCCAUACUCGGCGGGUUAGCGCUGAAGCGGUGGUUCCCGGAGGCGGUGAAAAAGGUUACGCCGUUUUGCCCGCCCUUCGCCGUCGCCACCGUCGCGCUCGUGUGUUCCAGCGUCAUCGGCUCCUCCUCCGUCGCCAUCGCCUCCGCGGGCGGCGCGCUCAUCGCCGCGGUUGCGACGCUGCACGCGUGCGGGUUCGCGCUCGGGUACGGCGUCGCGUGCGCGUUUGGAUUUCCCGAGCCCGAUCGUCGGACGGUGUCCAUCGAGGUUGGGAUGCAAAACAGCGCGCUCGGCGUCGUGCUCGCGACGGCGCACUUCGCGGAUCCGCUCGUGGCGGUGCCGUGCGCGAUAUCGGCGACGGUGCACUCGUGCCUGGGGAGCGCGCUGGCGGGGACGUGGCGCGCGUUGGACGAUGGGAAGAACAGGGCGUGA